AUGGCUUCCAAGCUGGAGCAGAAGGAGACCCCCCAGGCCAACGGGGCCGUGCCCGGGGACCGCCUGGCCAGCCCGGAGCACCCCGAGCCCUCGGAUUUCCUGGGGCCUGAUGGCACCGGGGUGGAAGUGGUGGUGCUGGAGUCCCGUGCCAACGCCAAAGGGGUGAGGGAGGAGGAUGCCCUGCUGGAAAAUGGCAGCCAGAGCAAUGAGAGCGAUGACACCAGCACGGACCGGGGUCCUGAGCCUGCCUCUCCCCUCAAGGAGACCUCGUUCUCCAUCGGGCUGCAGGUCCUGUUCCCAUUCCUCCUGGCUGGCUUUGGCACCGUCGCUGCUGGAAUGGUGCUGGACAUUGUGCAGCACUGGGACGUCUUCAAAUACGUGACUGAGGUGUUUAUUUUGGUUCCUGCUUUGCUGGGCCUGAAGGGGAACCUGGAGAUGACCCUGGCAUCCCGGCUGUCCACAGCUGCUAAUAUUGGCCAAAUGGAUACACCCAAAGAGCUCUGGAAGAUGAUCACAGGCAACAUGGCUCUGAUACAGGUCCAGGCCACCGUGGUUGGCUUCCUGGCCUCGAUUGCAGCCGUGGUGUUCGGGUGGAUCCCGGAUGGGCACUUCAGCAUGGACCACGCUGUGCUGCUGUGUGCCAGCAGUGUGGCCACUGCCUUCAUUGCUUCCCUCGUCCUGGGCAUGAUUAUGAUUGGGGUCAUCAUCGGCUCCAGGAAGAUGGGGAUCAAUCCUGACAACGUGGCCACGCCGAUUGCUGCCAGCCUGGGGGACCUCAUCACCCUGGCUCUGCUGUCAGGGAUCAGCUGGGGCUUGUACAAGGAGCUGGAGAGCAAAGCCUACGUGAACCCCUUGGUGUGCGCCUUCUUCAUCUCCCUGCUGCCCAUCUGGAUCGUGGUGGCCAAGAGGAGCUCAGCCACACGAGAGGUGCUGUACUCGGGCUGGGAGCCCGUCAUCAUCGCCAUGGCCAUCAGCAGUGUUGGGGGGCUGAUUUUGGACAGGACGGUGUCGGAUCCCAACUUUGCUGGCAUGGCAGUUUUCACACCCGUCAUCAAUGGUGUGGGUGGCAACCUGGUGGCAGUGCAGGCCAGCCGCAUCUCCACCUACCUGCACAUGAGUGGGGAGCCUGGAGACAGCCCCGGCACAGCCCCUCGGAAGUGCCCCAGCCCCUGCAGCACCUUCUUCAGCUCAGACGUGAACUCCCGCUCUGCCCGCGUGCUCUUCCUCCUGGUGGUGCCCGGGCACUUGGUGUUCCUCUACACCAUCAGCUCCAUGCAGGGGGGACACACCACGCUCACCCUGAUCUUCAUCGUGUUCUACAUGACAGCAGCACUGCUCCAGGUGCUGAUCCUGCUCUACAUCGCUGACUGGAUGGUGCACUGGAUGUGGGGCAGGCACCUGGAUCCUGACAACUUCUCCAUCCCCUACCUGACAGCCCUGGGGGACCUCAUUGGGACAGGGCUCCUGGCCCUCAGCUUCCACGUGCUCUGGCUCAUCGGUGACCGGGACUCUGAUGUUGGGGAUUAA